AUGGCGGUUUCCAGCAUCAAUAAUAUUGUCAAAGCUGCUAUUUUAAAUGUUACAUUACAGUUAGAAUUACUUGAUUCCGAAUCGGACGACGAUGAUCUUAUUAUGAAUAUAAUUGUGGAAAAAAUGAAAGAAGAAAAAAGAAAAGCAAGAUCCAUAAAAAAGAUAGAAACCUUUGUUGAAGAGACGGUUCCUUUUUAUAACCCAACCGAUUUUAAACAACAUUUUAGACUUAUGAAAGAAUGUUUUGAAGCUCUCCUUAAAAAAAUAAGUCCAAUUUUAGACACAAAGGGAAUUACUGACCCUGGAAGACAACCUGUGUCUCCUCAAAAGCAGCUUUUAUGCUGCUUAUGGACAUUGGCAAAUCAAGAAUCAUUCAGAGGCAUUGUGAUCGGUUUAAUGUGUCUCGACGUACAGCAUGGAACAUUUUAAAUAAGGUUAUUGAUUCUCUCUUAAUAGUAAAUGAAAAUGAAAAAAUAAUCUUUUGGCCAUCGAAGCAGGAUGC